AAGAAGACAUUUCCAAAGUAAACUUUCGACAUUUGAAAGGUUUGCAAGAAAGAAAACACGAAAGUAAACUGGCAGAUGAAGCUAGAUGUUUUGAGAGGGAGAAUGAAAAAACACACCUGUUACAAUUGACUACUCUGUCAUUCAAGUAAAAUCUAGCAAACACACACCAUUCAAACAGUACGUCUUUUAAGCUCGAUGUGAGCUUUUCACAUUAACAUUGUUUUUCUAGUCUUGACGUAAGAAGAUCGACUUCUUUUGUCGUUCAUUUUGCUUAAUGCGGGCGCUUUGUGAUUAUUUCCGAUUGGAACCUGAUUAUUUCGGUGAUAAAAUGAUCAACAAAAUGUCUACCAGUUUGUGUUAUUGACAAAAAGCUCGAUUUUAAACGUGAACUUAUUGGAAACAUCUGGUAUUGAAAGUAGCGCUUAUAAAUAUUCGUGUUUUGAUUAUACGAUACAUAAAUUAAGCUAAAAAGGACGUGGUCUAGAAACGAAUUUAGCCAAGAAGCAAGAACCUUGAACCAAGGUAGCGGAAAUAUUGGUUUGGAAGCCAUUAAAACCAUCAGAUUCACCAAAAAGAUCUUUUUCAAGGAAGUCUGGGUUUUGGUAGUCUCGGUAUUGACCGGUAAGUACCAGUUUUUUUAAUUUUGUACAACCAAACCGUUCCGGCGAAUUCUCUUGAAAUACUCUACUGCCUUGAUGAGUAGACGGCCACUGUGCAUUUUGUCUAUUGUGUUGUACGUAUUUGCGUGUAUAAACCCCUUGGCAAAGCUACGCUUCCUUAACAAUUUUCUUUUGAUCCUAAUACACCAUCCUGGUAAAAUGUUAGGGCUUCGUCGACAACCAUUUCCACUUUCGUUUAUAAAUACAGGUCUCUGAAGUUAAAGAGUUAUCCUGAUUUGUCUCAUGUCCCAGAGAAACGCAUUCCAGUCCACUGUCUUUCAGUUACAAGCAUCGCUAUCGUCCUGAUGGCUGGCCGCUACUCAUUUUUUGAUCCGAAUUCUAUUAACAAUUAUAAUGCAACUGUAACGUUGUAACUUAGAAGCACCUUCCAGGAAAUAUUUAAUGAAAAUCUCUUUCUUUCAUUUAGUAAACGUUUUCCAAUUAAAACUCAUUACUGUUCGUUUCAGUCGUCCUGCAGUCCGGUACAACACCAAUUAGCGAUAGCAUUCGUUCUCUGUCGUCCUGUUGAUUACGGCUUUAGCUAAUGCGAGUGUAAAUAAAGCAAGGCUGUAACCAGUAACGGGCAAGCCGAGGUACUUGCCUCAGAAAUUUUUUUCUGUUUUGGACAUUGCCUCAGCUAUCAUGUUUUCAUAGACAUUACCUCAGUCAUAAUUCUUUUCUGGCUACAGCCCUGAAAAGACAACAUGAACAAUCUAGUUAAUAAAUUCAAUUUUGUUCCACAGUGAACUUGCCAGGUAGCUGGACGUGAACUAAUCCUCAUGGGCGUUCAUAAAUGAAUCUUGACUUUAGUCAAGAUUCGAUGUUAUGUUGAAAGAGAAAGCAAAGACUGUAUUACUUCUACUGAUCAUCUCAAAAAAGCGUCCAUCUACGGCUGAACCACGCCCCAUACUGCAGAGGGAGAACAAAUCACAGGACCGUAUUCAUCUGUCGCCGAAACAUACUGGGGCGCGCCUAAAUAUAAGGACAGAUCACAGCGAAAAUUCUGGAUUUCUGUCAAUAAAUCGGCAAAAUCAACAAUCUUUGCGUCAUAAUAUUACCAGAAUUCGGCGGGGCAUAAGUACUAGAAUGUCAGCCGAGCCUGCGCGAAUACCGGACACAAACCCAGAGCCCAGGCCGGAGUGGUCAACUGCGAUUCAUAUAUGGGGAAAAGCCUGGGACCUACACAUCUACCUGUUUGCUGUGGUUUAUAUAUUCAUUGCAGUGACGUCUGGAGUUGGACUUGCCGAUGACGUUCUCUCGGGUCACAGUAUUAAGGGGCUAAAACUUGCGCUAUAUCUCUCAUUACUAUUUUUUGACUUUUCUCGGGCGAUAAUAUUGUUGGUCGAUCCUUACAGCUCGCUAGGAACGCUGGAGCCCCUCAGCGCGUAUAUCACGUGGUCGCUGGGAUUCCCAUGUGUCCUCACGGCCCUCGGUCUUCUGCUUCUGGUGUUUAUAGACGCUACCAACAUGAUGAAUGUGGCGCCUCCGCGAUUCCAGAAAUUAUCCACAGUGCUAGGAGUGAUGGUCCUCAACGCAAUCAUUGUCGUGGGAACAGACAUCCUUCUCCUACUCAUCCAGAAACUCUUGGUCUUGAUGAUAAUAUGUCACCUGUAUUUUGUCUUCUUUGGCGUGAUUCUGACAAUUGGCUUCUUCCGAGUAGGAUUUCAACUAUCUUCCAACUCAGUAGCGAGCAUAUAUGGAGAUACCGGGCUUCAAAGGCUUCGAUUUUUCGUUUUCUUAACAGCGGUGCUUAAUUUGUUCUUUAUUGGAACCCAGGUCUACUCUGCCGUUUUUAACUUCAGUUUGCACUCAGAUGUUCCAAGUGCUUGGCCGUGGUACGCUGUACAGACCACCUUGCGGGCGCUUGAAGUGAGCAUGUGUGUUGUGAUGCUGUUUAUUGCAUUUAACAAUAGAGUGAAAACAUCAGCUGCCUGUUGGAGAAUUCUCCCGAAUGGAUUCCGCAACACCGUUUCCCCUUUCCGUCACGAUACAACUUCCGGUUCAUGAAGCAGUCACCAUAGCAACAGAGGAGAUAAAUAAUUUGAUGAAAAUGGCAAAAUGAAAAAAUUGGAUGUUUAAAGUGCCCAUAAUGUCUAAAAUUUUUC